AUGGCUUCAAUGAGAGAUCUGAAACUUCUUCUUACACUCGAGAACUACAUUGUGGAAAACAUGAAGUCGGAGAUGGCCCAGAUACAGCAGAGUGCAGUUCAGAACCACACAGCCACCAUGCUUGAGAUAGGAACCAGUCUCCUAAGUCAGACGGCAGAGCAGACGAGAAAACUCACAGAUGUUGAAACCCAGGUACUAAAUCAAACAUCCCGUCUUGAAAUUCAGCUGCUGGAAAAUUCAUUAUCUACUUACAAGCUAGAAAAACAACUUCUGCAGCAGACACAUGAAAUACUGAAAAUUCAUGAGAAAAACAGUUUACUUGAGCAUAAAAUAUUAGAAAUGGAAGAAAGGCAUAAAGAAGAGUUGGAUACUUUGAAGGAGGAAAAAGAGAACCUUCAAGGCUUAGUCUCACGCCAAAGCUACAUAAUCCAGGAGCUAGAGAAGCAGUUAAACAAGGCAACGAAUAACAACAGUGUCCUGCAGAAACAACAGCUGGAACUGAUGGACACAGUUCACAGUCUGGUCAAUCUUUGUUCCAAAGAAGGAGUUUUACUAAAGAAUACAAAAAGAGAGGAGGACAAGCCAUUCAGAGACUGUGCAGAUCUGUACCAUGCUGGUUUUAACAAAAGUGGAGUCUACACUAUUUAUAUUAAUAAUGUAUCAGAGCCUAAAAAGGUCUUUUGUAAUAUGGAGAUCACAGGAGGAGGAUGGACAGUAAUACAACACCGAGAAGAUGGUAGUCUGGAUUUUCAAAAAAGCUGGAAAGAAUACAAAAUGGGUUUUGGUAGCCCAUCUGGUGAACAUUGGCUGGGGAAUGAGUUUAUCUUUGCAAUAACCAGUCAGAGGCAGUAUUCUCUAAGAAUUGAGUUAAUGGACUGGGAAGGAAAUCGGGCAUAUUCACAGUAUGACAGAUUUCAUAUAGGAAAUGAAAAGCAGAAUUACAGACUGUAUCUAAAAGGACACACGGGAACAGCAGGAAAGCAGAGUAGCCUGAUCUUACAUGGCGCUGAUUUCAGUACUAAAGAUGCCGAUAACGACAACUGCAUGUGCAAAUGUGCUCUCAUGCUAACCGGAGGCUGGUGGUUUGAUGCCUGCGGCCCUUCCAAUCUGAAUGGAAUGUUCUAUACUGCUGGACAAAACCAUGGAAAACUAAAUGGGAUAAAGUGGCACUACUUCAAAGGCCCCAGCUAUUCCUUACGUUCAACAACUAUGAUGAUUCGGCCUUUAGACUUUUAAAUGCACUCAGCAGUGGACACAAAAACAAAACAUAAUAUCGCUCUUAUCUGAAGAACUUCUUGUGUAAUUCUUCAGAAUUAAAAGGCUGGGGGCUUCAUGAAAGCAAUAAGUAGGAGCUACACAAAGUUGCUCCACUAUCACUUCAUAGCCUACAAAAACUCUACACAAAUCAGCCCAUAUGCUGAUGACAUUGGGACGGCUUGGCCUAUGAGAAAGUGGCUAUAACGAUUUUCCAGUGGAGGAGAACAAGUGAACUUUGUGUUCCUGUUACCAUGACUGAAUCUAGUGUCUGUUGGCAGAUGUCUUUUCCUUUGUGUAAAAGAUGCAAAAAUAUACUGGAUAAUACUGAAGAACAGAAGCAAAUCUACCAUAAUCUAUUGAGAAGAAUAGUUUUCAGCAGAGAAAUGGCAUCACAUCUAUGCAAAAGUAUUAUAGAUAAGCUUUUAUUAAUGUACAUCUGAAACUAUCCAAAAUGACCACUCCAAUCAUUGUCUUUCUUAAGUGAACUGAAGUUGGACGAAUGGAAUUCUCUUAAACCCAGAAUCAGAUAGUGUAUGCUAGUUAUUUUUCAUUCAGCCCUUUUCAAAUGUAAAACAUAUUCCUGAUAAACAUACUGAGUCACAGUGCAUGAAGAAUGAUAAGGAUAAUAUGCAGAAAAUCAUCAAUUGCUCAGCACUGUUAGGGCAAAGUAAGUGUAGGUAAUCCAGAUAAUUGGCAUAAUCCUUGAGCUAGGAUUUAUAGUGUGAUAACAAAAGUAACCAUGUUUUUUCCCCCUGCAGCUUUUGCCUGCAUUAAGGACAGUCUGAAUGUCACAUUGAAAAACUGGAGGAAAGUUUAAAGAAUGUGAAAUAUAUCAUGAAGAAAUAUAUUUUGCAUAUAUGAUUUCCUUACAAAGUACACAGGAAAGCAGAGUGUUAGGGUGUAUAAAAAUGGCAUAAACAUGUAGUUUACCUGGAUGGAUUCAUUUUAAAAUAUCUUUGCAUGUGCACACGUUAGCAUUAAUUAUUUUAAAUUGUUAUUAGAUCUUCAUUUCUUCACUAUAUUAUUUCACCUAUUUUGUGAAUAACUGAAGCAAGCCAGCUUUCCACUCUGCUUCAGCUAUUACUAUAAAAAGUAUUCAUCACAACAUUAUAGAAAAUAAAGGAAUAAUUAUAAUUAUGAAUUGUAAAUAGCAUGUUUAUAUCUCUACAGUAAGAAUAAUGGCCAUUUAAUUUGUACAUGCUGCUUUGACCUAUUCAAUGCACAUGAAUGCAAAACUACAACAGGAUAUAAUAUUAAACUAACUCUAGAAAGGUGCUACACAGGUUACUUCCCAUAAAAAUGCGUGAUAUUAAGUAAUUUCUGUCAUACUAAAAAUGAGGCUUGGGUGCAGGGUGAGCUGCACAUUCCAAAUAUUGGACUAUUUAAGGCACCUAUAAGAAAAAAGAAAGUUUGUAGCAAAGAGGUUAGGUUGCAUCCCACCUUAAAGCUAUUAUACUUUCCAUUUAAAAACCUCUGUUGACAUAAUCUGAUGGGGAAAUCAAUUUUGGAAAUUAGUCUCUACAUUCAAUUCCUGCUUUGAAAAAAAUUAAGAGGCUGAUCCUACUCCAAUUGAAAUCAAAUGUCAAAUGUCCAUUGAUUGAAAUGGGAACAGGAUCAGACCCAUUAAACAUAUGUGGCUGGGGUUGUUUGUUUUUGUUUUAUUUU